AUGUUUGGUGAUCAGACUCGUCCUGGAGUCACAUCUAAUUCAUUUAAAGUACCAGAGACGCGAUAUCCGUGGCGUUUGCUGCCUGUAGAAUGUCAAACAAUAAUUAAUAUUGAGCCGGGCUGUAGAAGCGAAGCUAAAGGGAUUGAGUUUGAACGUCAACGUACAAUACUUCCUGCUCUUGUUUUGCCGACUGCGUUGCCAGUGUCGGAUAUUGAUGCCAAUGAAUUGAAACAACAGAGAGAAGAGGGAAUGAUGCAAAUGCCGAAGAUUAUCCCAUUAGAGUUGGUUACUGAAGGCCCUCAAAAAUUAACUAUUGAAGAGAAUAACGAAGAAGAAGAAAGUGAAAUUAAACUUGAAACAUUAAAAAUAGAUUUAUCGCCUAAAAAGAAAUUGGGAAUGGAGGAACGUGAAGAAAUGUUGGUUGAUGAGACUGAAUCAAAAUUAGAAGACUAUGAAGUUUACGAAAAUGAAGCUCUCCGAAGUCCUUCACCCGAACGUCCGCCAGUAUGUCAAAUUCCCAGCAGUGAUGAAGAUUCAAGGGAUGAUAUUAAAGAAAUUAAGGAUUCAAUAAAAGAAAAUGAUCAGUUAGAUUCCCAAGAUAAUGAUGGAGGAAUUGCCAGUCCUGAACCUGAACAGCUUAAUGAGUCGUUUACAGAUUCGGUACGAGAUUAUGUAAUGAAAAGAAUAGAAAAAUAUAGAAAAAAUAAUUUUAUUUGUAUUUGUCUUUCUUUUGUUUUUGAUUAUUUUUUAUUGUUGUAUAAAGCGCUUUGA